UUGAAGUUUAAGAUGGCCAGCUUUGAAAACAGUAAGGGGAGUCUGGAGGAGGACAGCAUGGAAGCUGUUGGUGGCGAGCUCACCAAUGUUGGAAAAAGGACUUCACCAAUGUUGGAAAAAGGACUUCUCAGUCCAUCGGAAGGUUCUGCCCCCUCAAUCAGUAACUCCACCGGUAGCCUGCAGGCUGCUGCCCCCCUUCAGGGUUAUGAUGUGGAGUUUGAUCCACCGCUGGAGAGUAAAUACGAGUGUCCGAUCUGCCUCAUGGCCUUAAGGAAUGCCAUUCAAACCCGCUGCGGUCACCGUUUCUGCAAGAGUUGUAUAGAGAAAUCCAUUCGCGACACGGGGCAGAGGUGCCCUGUGGAUAACGAAAUGCUGUCUGAGGACCAACUGUUUCCCGAUAACUUCGCUAAAAGGGAGAUUCUGUCUCUAACGGUUCGCUGUCCAAACUCUGGCUGUGCAGACAAAAUGGAGCUACGACGUUUAGAGAUUCACCUGGCUAACUGUCAGUUUGCCACCGUGCCGUGCCCCCAGUGCCAGCAGCCCGUGAGGAAGAGCGGCGUGGAGACGCACACGGCUCUGGAGUGCCCCCGGAGACCCACGUCCUGCCCAGACUGUGUCACCUUCUUCGCUUACGAAGAGAGAGAGCUCCAUGAACAGCAGUGCCCGUUCGCCAAUGUAAAGUGCCAGUACUGUGAGAUGGACCUCAUCAGAGACCAGUUGGAAUCUCACUGUGACACAGAUUGUCCAAAAGCUCCCAUCGCCUGUAACUUUAGCAUCUUUGGAUGUAAGGAAAUGAUGCAGCGCCACAACCUGGCCCAGCACAUGCAGGAGUUCACGCAGAUGCACAUGCGCUUCAUGGCCGACUCCUGCGGAGGGCCCAGAGCGGCCGGGGGGGGCUGCAGCCCCUCGGGCUCCAGCCAGGAGAUGCAGAGGAUCCGGGAGAUGGACGGGAGGCUGGUCAAACAGGACCACCAGCUCAGGGAGCUCAUCAUCCUAAAGGAGACGCAGGCGGGGCAGCUCCUGGAGCUGCGGCGGCGCGUGUCCCAGCUGGAGGACUCUGUUCGGGAGCUGGAGGCGCAGCAGUGCGGCGGCGUGUUCGUGUGGCGUCUGCGCGGGUUCUCCGCGCUGCUGCGGAACCAGGAGGCGGGGCAGGCCGUGGUAGAACAUAGCCCCGGGUUCUACACCGGCCGCCCGGGCUAUAAGCUGUGCCUAAGGCUGCACCUGCAGACGCCCACCGUCCCGCGCUGCUCCAACUACAUAUCGCUGUUCGUUCACACCAUGCAGGGAGCCUUCGACGCGCAGCUCUCCUGGCCCUUCCAG